AGUUAAAACAUAGAAUAAUAACCUUUUCUCUUUUCUUGACCUGACCUCCAUGUGUCGUAAAUACAGGGAAAUGCGCGGGAAAUUAAAUUCUGAAACGUUGUCGGGACAGUUGGACGUUCGUUGAAGAAAAUAUAUCACCAUGUCAAAUAAAAUGGUUUAAAUGAAAAACCAAGAACACAGGCAGAGUUCUAUAAGCAGAUAGAGAAUUUACCUGUCUUCACCAUGGACCAUGUUAUUGCACUGGUUGACAUGGAUUGCUUCUUUGUGCAAGUUGAACAGCGUUACAAUCCUUCCCUAAAAGGCAAACCAUGUGCUGUUGUACAAUAUACCCAGCGUGGAGUAAUCAUUGCUGUCAGCUAUGAAGCUCGAGCAUUUGGUGUUAAACGUGGCAUGACAGCUGAAGAGGCCAAAGCCAAAUGUCCAGACAUUCUGCUACCACGAAUUCCAGAAUUGAGAGGGAAAGCAGACCUUACUAAGUUCAGGGAUGCUGGAGCUGAGGUCAUUGAUGUUUUCAGUCAAUUCUGCCAGUGUGUGGAGAGAGCCAGUAUAGACGAGGCUUAUCUCGACCUGACGAAGAUAGUAGAAGAGAGGAUGAAGACCGUCGACGUGACUUGCAUUACGUCAUUUGCGGACCAACUGACGAACACGCAUGUCAUUGGUUGGGAGUCAACAGAAGAAAAGUCUUCUGACAAAACAGAUACGCCAAAAAAUUGCAAAAAUGAUCUGUUAUGGUGGUUGUCAAGUGUACAGUUUGAGGAUAUUAAGCUUGUUGUCGGUGCUCUGAUUGUUGAAGAAAUGAGAGCAGCUGUCCACAAACAGACUGGCUUUAGCUGUUCGGCUGGGAUCUCCUGCAAUAAAAUGCUGUCUAAAUUAGCAGCUGGUCUUCAUAAGCCAAAUCAACAGACAGUUCUGCCACAUUCAGGUGUUGAAGAACUUUUCAAAACAAUCCCGAUAAGCAAAGUCCGUAACCUUGGCGGUAAAUUUGGUGAUGACUUAAAACGUGACCAUGGAAUAGAGAUGAUGUCUGAUUUAUGGCAGUUCUCCAAAGAACACCUGAUAGACAUUUAUGGAAGUAAAACGGGAACCUGGCUUCAUGCGCUUUGUCGAGGAUCUGAUAAUGAAGCAGUGACGGCAAGACAAGUUCCAAAAUCAAUAGGAUGCAGCAAGAACUUUCUUGGAAAAGCUGCUUUAGACACAAGAGACAAGGUGAAACAUUGGUUGAAACAACUGGCUACAGAAGUUGAAGAAAGGCUAAUUAAAGAUAAAGAAAAUAAUAAACGAACUGCAACAUCGAUGAUUACCAGUCUUCGAUUCCAAAGUCCUGUUAAUCGAACAAUUCAAUCAAGCAGUCGUACAACAGCAGUUGUGCAAUACAGUGCUGAGAAAAUUGCUAAUUGUGCAUUUUCUCUGCUGCAACAAUUCAAUCUAAGCCCUCCGCAUCAAGCAUCAUGGUCACCUCCAAUUCUGAUGCUUAGUAUUUCAGUAGGAAAAUUUGUUGACAUUCCUUCUGUUCAGACUGGCAGUAUUUCUGCUCUCAUUAAAAAACAAAUAAGCAAUACUCAAGCUGUGAGGUCAUCCUUCGUGGCCAACAACGUUAGCUUACAAAACCAACAGGCGGAAACUGACGGCUUUAGCCAAAAGGUGCUUAAGACCUCCAACUCAAAAUCUAUCAAGAAGCCGUCUCUUAUAUCACAGAAUAACACUUUAACAUCAUAUUUAAAGAACAUUGAAGUUUCACAAAUUGAGCCAUCAUCUACAAACCAAAGACAAAUAAAUUGUUCAAGCACCAUCCCAGAGCUUCCUGGGAAUGAUGCUGAUGAUAAUAAUAGACUUAAUAAAGAUACAAUCGAAAGUUUUUUUUCACGGAAAGUUUUGGAAAGUUCUUUUCCUAAAUCAUUUAGUGGAGUUUUAAAACCUAAUGGUUCUUCACCUGAUGCCAGUGGAAUUUCUAGUGAGGGAGACGAGGCUGAAAGUAAACAUACGAGUAGCUUCUUUGCAAUGAAACAAAAUGAGAUACAGAAACUAAAAGACUAUUCAGUAAAACCGGUCGGUUCAUCUACUGGUGAAGAAAAAUUACUCCAACCUGGACACCAAGGGGUAGUUUUUGAAAAUUCAUUUCCAACUCAAUUUGAUAACAUUUCCACCACAGAAGACAUUUCAAAUUCUUCAAAUACAGAUGUUGUUCAUAAUAAUGGCCUUGCAUUGAAAUCUUGUGAUUCCUCAGAUGGUACUGCUGCUCCUGAUACUUGUAAUGUUCCUGGUGAUGAGGUAUCUGUAAUUUAUGUAACUGAUGAUGAUGAGGAGGAGGAGAAAGAGAAGGAAGUUUAUGCAUCUGAGAGUUUAAGAAGUGAUACUGUACCUGUUCCCUAUCAGGAAAAGUCAACCUGUUCUCAAAAGCCGUCAUUUGACAAACAGACUGUCUUUAACGAGGAUUCAGUUGAUUCUUGCCAUUCUGCAGAUUAUUCAUUGCAUUCUGAUAGAAGAGAUGAGGUGGAUUAUGUAGAAUGUCAAGACUGCAUGAAGAAAAUCCUUGUUUGGGACCUGCUGGAACACCAAGAUUACCAUUUUGCUCAGCAACUACAGAGAACUGUUGACAGAAAUAUGACUCAUGGGAAUCCCAAUCACAGAACAUCAAAUCCAACACAAAAGAGGAAAAUCCAAACUGCUAAGAAUAAAGAGAAACGGCCUAAAAGUAACCCCCACAUGAAAACACUGGAAGUUUUUUUCCAACGGAAAUAAUUAUGACUCUGUCAAAUGGAAAAAAAGAAAAUUGACAACGAACCAACGCUGAACAGACGCAA